CCUGCGCAUUUCUGAGCCACGUCAUAACGAUUCAGUCGUCUGAGACCAAUAUAUAUGUGACAAUCAUUGACUUUGCAGUCAGUUUUCUUUCUCUCUCUCCUAUCUUUUGUAUUCUGCAAGCUUCAUGUUGACAUUUUUUUCAAAUUAACUACGUAAAAAGAAAGGGGAAAAGAGCAACAGAAAAUUGAUUGAAGGCUAUUAUUAUGUUUCCUGGAACAUUUCACUUGUCAAAGACUAAGCAGCUGGAGAGGCGUUGCGACGGAUUCUGACAAUAACAAGCAGCGAAUUGCCAGUUUUCGGUCGUCUACAUGUAAUUAUCCAACACAUACACACACACAUACUCACGUAGACUUACACAUUUAUCUGCAUAUUGACCGUAAUUACACGUGUAGCUUGUAACAGCUAUUUAAAUACACCCUCUUUGGUUAUAUAGAUCUACAUCAAAUAAAAGCCGAAAUGAUUCUCAUGACGAUGAUUGCACGUGUGGCCGACGGUCUGCCUUUGGCAGCGUCGGUCCAAGAAGAUGAACAGUCUGGGAGAAGUCUUAUGGAAUACCAAAAUCAAGCUAAACAGUUGUUUAAGAAAAUAUGUGGCAAUACAUCACCAACAACAAGACAGACAUUAGAAACAGGGCAAUAUUUCUUCCAUUAUCUAAUUGAACGUGGAGUUUGUUACUUGGUUUUAUGUGAAAAAGUAUUUUCCAAGAGGCUUGCCUUUUUGUAUCUAGAAGAAUUACAAGGAGAAUUUUCCUUACAGUAUGGAAAGAAAGUGGACACUGUUUCUCGGCCUUAUCAUUUCAUUGAAUUUGACACAUUCAUUCAGAAAACUCGUAAAUCCUAUAUGGACUCACGGGCUCGGAAGAAUUUGUCUAGUAUCAAUACAGAACUUCAAGAUGUGCAACGAAUUAUGGUACAAAAUAUUGAUGAUGUUUUACAACGUGGAGAGGCCCUAAACACUUUAGGCAAUAAAGCCAGUAAUUUAUCAAUAUUGUCACAACAGUAUAAGAAGGAUGCAACUUACUUGAAUCUCCGGUCCACUUAUGCAAAGGCUGCUGCCGUUGUCAUUGUCAUUGUAGUUCUAAUGUUGUUUAUUCGCUUUCUCUGGUGGUAAACUUCUUUUAAAAUCUGACCAAAACCCCUUAUGGACUUUUUUUUACAUUUUCACUACACUAGAAGAUGUUUAUACAGGGGGUUUUGUUUCUCUAUUAAACUAUCCAACAGGAAAGCUUUCACAGGAGUGCUUUCAUUAUAACAAAACAAAAACAAAUUGUGAAAACUCUAGCUUAUGUAUGAACUCAUGACUAAUCACUUAAACAUUUUUAUAUUAUAGCAAACAUAAUAAAUAUAUGCUAAUCAUAAUAUCUUUUUGCAUGGGAAAUAUAAAAUGGUAUAGCCACAAGGUAUAAGAAAAAAAAAAAAGAGCUAAAAGAUGAAGUAUCCCUCCCAAAAAUCCUUUAUAAAAGAAAGAAAAAUAUUUAAAAUGCAUAAGAAUUUGUCUCGAGAGACUUUUUUUUUUCACUUCAAAAUUUUGCUUGAAACUAAAACUUUGAUUACAUACAGUGUAAAUGAAAACAGAUGAACACAAAAUAGGUUUAGGGCUUUGAUAUUUUGCAAACUUCCCUCCUCUCCCCAGAAUAUAACAUUUAAUAUGAUAUUGAAGAAAUGUUUUUUUUUUCUUUCAGUUUUGUCUCUAUUAAAAUUUUAAAGCUGUUGACUUCUUUUCCUAA